AUGGCGGAGAUGGAGGGGUCGACGUCGUGCUGUGGAUGUGGUCAACCAUGCCAUGUAAAAGAAGGAAGUCUAUGCUGUCCUAAGGAUUGCAAACGUUGCGAGAUAAAGAAGUGCAAAGAAAAGCAGGAAUGCGAAUGUAAUGAUUGUAACUGCGGAUGUAAGUCGGCUAUUAAGGAAGGCAAGCAGUGCAAGGAUUCCGGUUGUCCGAGCUGUGUAUCAUUGUGCAAAAGUGUGAAAGUUGGCGAAAAAUGCAAAUGUAGUAUCUGUGGAUGUGGAUGUGAAGGGGCGUUUAAGCAAAACAAGCGGUGCACUGAUCAAGAUAAACCAUGCGAUAUGUGCCAAAAAAGAUGCAAAAAUCUAGAACCGGGUGAGGAAUGUAUAUGCAAUCUCUGUAACUGUGGAUGCAACGGAGUGAAUUGUCAGUGCUGUAGGUGGUGUAAUCCCGACACCACAUGUGGUGAGCAUGGGGAUUGCGACAGCGAGGAAAUACAUGACACGAACUGCCCCAGAGGCAAGUGCCAACAAACGCCCGGUGAUUGCUCCAAAGUCACAUGCAUGUGCGAAAAAAUGGGUAUAGAUAAGCGAGCAGGCUUAUGCGAGUGCUUAUGCAAGUGUGGAAAUCAGUGCCCCAGAAUCUUAUGCGACCAAAAAAGGGGCGGCGUAUUUAACGGCCAACGAGGGAUAUGUAGCAAAUCCACUAAAGACACCUGCACCUGCGAAUGCGAAUGCAACUGCAAUGCCUGUGGCAAGUACUACGGCAAGGACGGCAAACAAGUUGCAGUCGGCGGCAACGAUCAGAUGCACUCCUACGUCAUCGGCAAAUGCCGCUUCAAGUGCACCAACUGCGGCAGACUGUGCGACCAGGACAGAUGCAUGAUAUGGAUACGUGUUGUAGUCAUCGGUUUGAUUAUUCUAGCAUCCUUGUUUGUCAUGCGGGCCAUAUUUCCCGAGAAGUUCCGCGCAAUAAUGACUAAAAUACGUGCCGCAUUUGCCAGCUCGCCUGUGCAUUCCGGUAGAUCCCCGAGUAAUCUCGUCGGUGACAGAAUUCCCGAGGAGAGUCACAUUGACCGCUACUCCGUCAUCAGCCCAGGAACAUACCCUGGCUUGUCGUAG